CGGCGGCGGCGGCGGCGGCGGCGGCGGCGGCGUCAGCGGCGGCGGCGUCAGCAUGCCGUGGUACCACCAGGACCUCACGCGUGUCAAGGCCGAGCAGCUGCUGCUGCAGGACGGCCAGGACGGCUGCUUCCUCGUGCGGAACAGCGAGAGCAUCCCGGGCGUCUACGGACUCUGCGUGCUGCAUCAGAACGUGGUUCACAGCUACAGGAUAAUGCCGGAUGAAGAUGGAAUGCUCGCAGUUCAGGCCUCCCAGGGUGUGCAACCCAAGCACUACCGCGCCCUGCACGAGCUCAUCGAGAACUACACCCAGCCCAACCAGGGCCUCGUGUGCCCACUGCAGUGGGCGAUUCAGAGUGUGGCCGAGGAGCCACAGGAGGAGAAAGACCUGUCAGACGGCGAGGAGGAGCGCCCGCCGCUACCUCCUCGGGUCGACUCCAGCGGCCCCUCGCCCACCUCGUCGGCCGCGUCACCGCGCGUCAUCGCCCUCCAGCAGAAGAUCUCAGACAUCAGCAAGGAAGGGCUGCCUCCCGCGCUGUGCACCGCCCUGGCCGAGUUUGCUGCGUGCGGGGGGCUGUCCCAGGACGUGGAGGCGGCCCGGGGGGGGCUCCCUCCCACGCGCCUCUCACGCCUGCUGCUCGCCUGCUGCCAGCCCCUGCACACGGAGCUGGACCACGUGCUGAGCCUCCUGGAUCACGUGGGGCGAGCCUUCAACCAGCCGCUGGUGGCAGCACACACCACCAGCCGGGCAUCUUCAGUUCCAACUUUGGCCGACGUCAUCACCAAGCUUGGAACACUCUCCGAAGGACUGUCCACCUUUGAAAAGAAGAUCCUGGAGGCCUUGCCGGCCCUCACUGGAAUCCAACUCCCAGCGUCUCACACCCUGAGGAAUGCGGCGAACGGCGCGCUGUUUGAGGUCAAGGUGGACUCCCACCUCUCCGAGUUCACCCGGCUGGGCAAGAAGCCGCUGCUGCGUGUGGAGGUGGAGGAGGGGAGGUUGGUGAUGCUGCGGAGAAACAAAGACGGUCUGGAUGAGGUGGACAGCUACACGCACGAGCGCAUCUUGCAGCUCAUCAAGUCUCAGCGGUUCCACAAUAAGCUGAGCAUCGUGUUCGACCGUGACCGCGACAAGAACAACCGCAGGGACUUCAUCUUCUCCGACGCGCGGAAGCGAGAGGCGUUCUGCCAGCUGCUGCAGCAGAUGAAGGUGAAGCAUUCUCACCGUGACGAGCCGGACAUGAUCUCCGUCUUCGUGGGAACGUGGAACAUGGGCAACGCCCCGCCGCCACGCUUCCUGCACACGUGGCUGAUGUCGCAGGGCGCGGGCAGGACCCGUGACGACGCCACGCUGACGUUGGCGCACGACGUGUACGCGCUGGGCGCCCAGGAGUGCCCGCUCAGCGACCGCGAGUGGGCCGAGGGGCUGCGGGCGGCGCUGCGCGACGUCACCGACGUGGACUUCAAGAGCGUGGCGGUGCACAGCCUGUGGAGCAUCAAGCUGGCCGUGUUCGUCAAGGCGGAGCAUGAACACCGCGUCAGCCACGUCUCCUCCUCAAGCGUGAAGACGGGCAUCGCCAACGCGCUCGGUAACAAGGGCGCCGUGGGUGUCUCGUUCAUGUUCAAUGGAACCUCUUUCGGCUUCGUCAACUGUCACCUCACCUCGGGAUGUGAAAAGGUGGCCAGGCGCAAUCAGAACUACUUCGACAUUAUCCGGCAGCUCUCGCUGGGUGAGAAACAGCUGGCGACCUUUGACCUCACCUGCCGCUUCUCCCACCUCUUCUGGUUCGGAGACCUCAACUACCGUACCGACAUGGAGUACGCGGACAUCAUGAACCACCUACGUAGGCGAGAGUUCGACUCCAUCCUCACCAUGGACCAGCUGAACAAGGAGCGCGAGUCCACACACAUCUUCAACAAAUUCAACGAGGAGGACAUCACCUUCCCCCCAACCUACCGCUACGAGAAGGGAUCCCGGGACGUCUACGUUUGGCAGAAGUUCAAGACGACAGGGGUGAGUGCCCCUGGCACGUGACCCGAGUUCGAUUCCCGCAAACGCGGGUCACGUGC